GUGCUAACGCAAGAGCCAAGCUCACAAAGUGAGGCCAACCAAACUACAAACUCCUUCUACCUCUCUCUUCGCACCAACAGAUUCAGCUUUUUAGAUUUUCAAUUUUCUUAACAAAAAAAAAAUGAACAACUACUCGCAGCUUUGAGUUUUUCACUUCCUGUUCUCUGGUUUUGGAAUUGAGACAGGCUCGUAAUUUUGAAAACCUCUUUUUUUUUUUCUUUUCUUCUUGGGAUUUUCUUUUGUUGUUGUAAAACAUGGCAGCGGCUAUAGGUAUGUACAACAACAGCAACAUCGUACCGGAAUUCCUAGAUCCGUACAGUGAGGAGCUGAUGAAAGCACUUGAGCCUUUUGUUAAAAGUGAUUAUUUCUCUGUCUCUUCUGAUUCCGCUUCUUCCUAUCGUCGAUCACACGCUCCUUCUUCUUCCUCUUCUUCUUCUUUUUCUUCUCCAUCUUCUUCUUAUUCUCUCAUUUCAUCUACUUCGUAUCCCUCCCCCAACCAAAUCAAGCUCAACAAACUCACCCCAGACCAAAUCCUCCAGAUUCAGGCGCAGGUUGGGCUUCAGCAGCACAUGGUUUAUUCGACUCAACGUGAAAACCAAAACCAGCUGGGCCCAAAACGUGUUCCCAUGAAGCACGGUGGCGCGGCGGCGAAAGCCACGAAGCUGUACCGCGGGGUGAGGCAACGGCAUUGGGGGAAGUGGGUCGCCGAGAUCAGACUCCCGAAGAACCGGACGCGCCUAUGGCUGGGAACAUUCGACACCGGAGAAGAAGCGGCGUUGGCGUACGACAACGCAGCGUUUAAGCUCAGAGGCGAGUUCGCGCGCCUCAACUUCCCUCAUCUGCGACACCAGGGAGCGUUCGUAUUCGGCGAAUUCGGAGAUUACAAGCCUCUACCUUCUUCCGUCGACUCCAAGCUCCAAGCUAUUUGCGAAAGCUUGGCGAAACAAGAACAACAAAAAACGUGUUGCUCUGUCGAAGACGUGAAGCCCGAGGUACACACUGCUGCUGAGCUGGCACGGGUGGAGUCUGACGUGGUGCAAUCCAACGUUUGUCCCGAGUUCGAAAAUUUUAAGGUAGAAAACGGGAACGACAACCCAAUGUUAUCAUCGCCGGUGUCUGGCGAGUCGUCUUCGCCUGAAUCGGGUGUGACUUUCUUGGAUUUCUCGGACUUCGCACAUUCUAAUUAUGAGUGGGAUGAAAUGGAGAGCUUUGGGUUGGAGAAGUACCCUUCGGUGGAGAUUGAUUGGGCAUCUAUAUGAGUAGGUGAACUUGUGAAAUGGCUGGUUUUGUUUUGCUCUGCUUUUCGGUUUCAUACGCAGUUAUGUUUUGUAUUUUUUAAGGUUAUGUUUGGGUGUCUUUAGCUGCUUCUGCAAUGGAAUUUUUGACAUUUGCGGAUGUUUUGCGGAAACACGGCUUGCAAAUUUUAGGCAGUGAAAUCAGAGAAGGUGGUCUUCAUGGUCUGCUGGUGUUUUUUGUUACUUGCAUGACCAUGGGACCUUUCUACUCGUGUCUUCGUUCUAUGUUGUAAUUAACGUUUACUUCCAAUAUAUGAAAAAUUUACAUGUUCUUGUAA